AUGUCAACUAUAGAAAAUAAGAACACUACAGUUGCGGUUCCUGAAACAGAAUCCGAUCCCGAAUCAAGAAGAUCAUAUAAGACCCUUGAUGUAGAAGAAUAUCAAAUCGAUAAUCAAGAAGCAGCUUCUCAAUUAGAUCAACAUGAAUUAGAUAAAGUUUAUAUGAAAUUGGAUUUUAGAAUAAUUCCUGCUUUAUGGUGUCUUUAUUUUUUAACUUCUUUUGGUUCAAGUUGUUAUGGUGUUACAUUAACUAUGAAUAGAGCUCAAGGUCAUUCUUUAACCCAAUCAUUGAAUUUAACAUCUAAACAAUUAUCUACAGCUUCUGCUUUAUAUUAUGUUGGUUAUAUUAUUUUUGAUGUUCCUAUGAAUUUAAUCAUGACUAAAGUUUCUCCACAAUCUUGGUUAGCCAGAAUUGUUAUAACUGUUGGUUUAGUUUAUACUUGUUAUUCAGCUUUAAAAAAUCAUGGUAGUUUAAUUGCUCUUAGAUUUAUUAGCGGUAUGGUUGGUGCAGGUACUUGGCCAGGUUUAAGUUAUUAUGUUUCUUUAUGGUAUCCAAAUGAUAGACUGACACGUCGUAUCGGUUAUUAUUUCACUGCCGCGCAAAUUUCAGCCGCAGUAGCUGGUUUAGUCAGUGCAGGGGUUCAAAGAAUUGAUGGUGUUCAUGGAUUUUAUGGUUGGCAAUGGAUGUAUUUAAUUUAUGGGGUUAUUACCAUUGCUGUUGGUAUUUCAUUAUUAUGGUGGUUACCAGAUCGUCCAUUUGCUAUUAAAUCUGAAUCUACAAAUACUAUUAAAAAAUUUUACCGUAAAUUUUUCACUACUCCACAUCCAUUAAAUGAACACGAUAGAGAAUUACAUCGUCUUGAUUUAGAACAUAGAUAUAAAUUAUUAACUUGGGGUUGGAAAGAUAUUGUUCAAAUCAUUACUGAUUUACGUAUUUGGCCAAUUAUUAUUAUGUACUUUGGUGUUGUUGGUACUGGCUUUGGUUUAGCUGUUUUUGGCUCUACUAUUAUUGCUGUUAAUAAUCCAAAAUUGACCUCAAUUCAAGUUUCAUUGUUAUAUGCUCCAAUUUGGUUGUUUGAUCUUGGUGGGAUUUUAAUCAUGACCCCAUUUGCUGAUAGAUACAAGAAAUUACGUCCUGUGAUUUUCAGUUUUGCAUGUAUGAUUAUCAUGGCAGGUAUGUUUGUUACUACAUUUGCUCAUGGUCCAUGGAAUAAAUAUGCUGGUUUAUUAAUUGCUGGUUUCGGUUUAGGUCCAACUGUUCCAAUUUGUAUGUCAUGGUCAGGAGAAAUCUUUGCUAAUAGAUAUGGUGACGUUGGUAGUGCAGUUAGUGCUGCUUUAGUUAGUGGUUUGGGUAAUUUGGGUUCAGUUACUGCUACUUAUGCAUUAUAUUCUGGUUGGCCAGAAGAUAGAGCUAGAUUAUUUAAAUAUUCCAAUAUGAUGUUGGUGCUUAUGUUGGGUGUUAGUAUCAUUGCAUCUGGUGUUUGUUACUUAAUCAAAGAUAGAGUUAGACAAGUUAGAGAUACUUAA